GCGGGCGGGGCGGGAUGCUGCGCGCGGUCCCGAGUGCGCCUGCGCCGAGCGCCGGCUCAGGGCGUGUUCCCGGGCGGGGUGCGAGUCCCGGGACGGGCACUGUCGCCCGAGUGCUUCCAGCUGCAGCCUGUUGUCCGGGCGCUGCCCUCCCAGGUCAUCAUGUCCAAGUCUCUGAAAAAGUUGGUGGAGGAGAGCCGGGAGAAGAACCAGCCGGAAGUGGACAUGAGUGACCGCGGCAUCUCCAACAUGCUGGACGUCCCCGGCCUGUUCUCCCUGGCGCACAUCACGCAGCUGGUCCUCAGCCACAACAAGCUGACAACCGUGCCCCCCAACGUCGCGGAGCUCAAGAACCUCGAGGUGCUCAACUGCUUCAACAACCAGAUCGAGGAGCUGCCCACGCAGAUCAGCAGCCUCCAGAAGCUCAAGCACCUCAACCUCGGCAUGAACCGGCUGAACACGCUGCCCCGUGGCUUCGGCUCGCUGCCCGCGCUGGAGGUGCUCGACCUGACGUACAACAACCUGAACGAGAGCUCGCUCCCCGGGAACUUCUUCUACCUGACCACCCUCCGCGCACUCUAUCUCAGUGACAACGACUUUGAAAUCCUGCCGCCAGAUAUCGGGAAGCUCACGAAGCUGCAGAUACUCAGCGUCAGGGAUAACGACCUCAUCUCGCUGCCGAAGGAGAUCGGGGAGCUGACGCAGCUCAAGGAGCUGCACUUCCAGGGCAACCGCCUGACCGUGCUGCCCCCGGAGCUGGGAAACUUGGAUCUGACUGGCCAGAAGCAAGUCUUCAAAGCCGAGAACAACCCCUGGGUCACCCCCAUUGCCGACCAGUUCCAGCUGGGCGUGUCCCACGUGUUCGAGUACAUCCGGUCUGAGACGUACAAAUACCUCUACGGCCGACACAUGCAGGCAAACCCAGAGCCGCCGAAGAAAAAUAACGACAAAUCCAAAAAGAUCAGCCGGAAGCCCCUGGCAGCCAGGAACAAAUGAGGGUCCAGCGGCCGCGCGUGGCUCUCUCCUCCCUCCGCAACCUCUGACCUCUCUCCGCCUGUUUUCUUUCCACUUGUUCUUUCUAGUCUUUUCCACCUUGCCUUUCCAGUUCUUUUUUGAGGUGGGAGAUUUGUAUAAGUCCUUCCAACCAUUUCCAUUUCUUUCUAAAUCAGCUGCGAAUUCCAUGGUAGGUAAUUACCUCAGCGCUUUGUAGAGGUUCACGAAGUUGCUUGUUAUCGAAAGGCUAAUUACAGUGGAGUAACCACGUAAACGUCCCCACUGACACUUUUCACCCUUCUGUUAUUCACAUCACCUAUUACGUGCCUUUAAAAAUUCCCUGCACCACCGAGAUAGUAUGUUCCUGUAACUUACACACGAUUGUACUGAGAUGCAGUGUGUGCGCCGUGUUGCCUGGGGAAUAAAGAACAAUCUGUGUGUCCCUUCUGUUCACCCCCGGUGCGAUCUUGUCCAGUGUUCUCGAGUGCAAAUGAACUUUCCGUGGAAGAAAGGCAAAAUUUAAUGAGUUCUCACGUCGAUAUGCCAGGGAGGGGCUCCCCGCCCCCACCUUUGGAGACUGUUUCUAAAUUAGGAAGGAACAGAAAAACAAAGCUCUCCGAGUUUCUGCCAAAGGACUUUGGAAAGCAGCAGUUGCAGAAUCGCUGAGGAGACAGUGACUCUGCCGGUGGCAGGAGAGCCCCACUGAGAGGGGGGAAACACCAGCACGUUUCUUGCCGCUGCAGCAAAUAACGCACUGUGUGUGUGUGUGUUCUCAGGGCCAUAGAUGGUGCCCAUGGAGCCGUGUCAACAGCCCCCUCCCUCCCUCCCAGUAGGCAGCCUGCUAGCCCCGUCCGGAGUGCCGGGCGCAGAUGAAUGUGAAUCCAGCUCCAGGCAGAAAUUUCGUGCUCAAAGGGAAGGCUGACGGGAAAUGGCUGGACAUGCCACAGGCUGGGGCUGCCCACGCAUCCUCUCCGGUCCAUUUUACAGCCUACGCCCAGGACUAAGGGACACCCCAGGAAAAAUGGGUCCAGUGGGAAGAGAAAUUCCCAUAGGCCACCACCCGCAGUCCUUGUCUCUGCCUGGAUUUUUGUUUGUUCUCUUAUUGUUGGGAACACACACACACACACACACACACACACACACACGGCAGCUUUGUUGGUUUUUGUCUGGGGGCCACACCUAGCCAUGCUCAGGGCUUCCACCUGGCUCAGUGCUCAGGGAUCACUCCUGGCAGGGCUCAGGAAGCCAAAGGCGCAUGUAAGGCAAGUGCCCUAACCACUGCACCAUCUCUCUGGCCCCUCUGCCUGGAUUUUCAAAAAAUUUUACAUGUACAACCAUUAUUGACAGUAUUAUAAAUCACAGUGCUUCAAUAAAGGAAAAACGAAGAAAUACUCAUUUAAAAAAUCUCUUUAGCUUAUGAGACUUCCAGAGAAACAAUGUCUUUCGUGUAUUGGACAUACGUCCAUCUAAAAUCAAACUACCAACAAGGACAUUCGGUAGAAUAUCACAAUAUACUUUUAGGAGUCUUAUUUUUUUAAACCUUUUAUUAUUAGGGAAAUGCAACUCAAAACCACGUGAGACUGUUCCUCGGGUGGAUUUGAAUGGCUGGUCUCUAAAAGUUAGGCAGUAGGAAGUGUUGGUAGUGAGAGUUAGGAGGAAAGGAACUUCGCAGUCUCGGAAGGACACCAUGUUGGUGUAACUACUGUGGUAGCAGAAUUAAAGCUAGAACCUGUCAUAUGUGAGGCUGCAGUUCCAGAUGUAACUCUCCAGAGACUAGGAAAGCGGGAAUUUGAAAACAUGUAUGCACUUCUGUGUUCUCUGCAGUCCUAAUCACAGUCACCAAAUUCGGAAAGAACCUAAGUGCCCAUCAGCAGGUGGCUGGAUACAGAAGAUGAGGGUUGGAUUAAAAUAAAGGGAAGGGGGAUGUAUAUAUGCAUAAAGAAAUGCCACAAAACCAUAAGGAAAAAAAUGGAAUGGGUCUUAAGAGGAUUUAAGUGAAGAAAAUGAGAAAGAUAAAUACAUGAUUUUAUUCAUAUGAAAUAUAAAGAAAUAAAAUCUCCCAUUCUGACCAGUGGAAGCUGGUCACAAGAGGGGAUAGAACAGGGAACAGUGGCCUUUGGUGGUGGGUCCAUGAUGUGCACAGUUUCCAGGUGAGAAAUUAAACAUCAGAAAAUUAUGGCAUUACAAGCCAGUGUUGUCACAGUAUAAAGUAUAUCUCCUUGAAAAGUAGAAGUAUGGUCCCACAAGUUCCCCAGGAAACGUGGGGGAAAGUCCACACUCGCAAGUCAUUGUAGACCCAAUAAAAUUGAAAAUUGAAAUACCUAACGAUGAGACAUGUGCCAAUACUUUAGAAAGUGGUAUUUAGUUUUCAAGGAAUUCUACGAGCUCUUUUUUACACACUGCUGUUGGAAAGAUGAAAUUCCAGCCCCUCAGAAAGGUGAUAACCAUUUGUUUCUAUGUACCACAACCUAAAAUUUGAGCACUCUGAUCCUGCAUUUUUCUUUUUUGGGGGUCAUACCCGGCGUUUCACAGGAGUUACUCCUGGCUCUGCACUCAGGAAUUACUCCUGGCAGUGCUCCGGGGACCAUAUGGGAUACUGGGAAUCGAACCCAGGUCGGCCGCAUGCAAGGCAAAUGCCCUACCCGCUGUGCUAUCGCUCCAGCCCCCUCUGACCCAGCAUUUCUGGGAUCUUUCCUUGAGGAAAUGCUCAGAGGUGUUCACGAAGUCACGCUUGCAAAUCUGCAUGGCAUUGUGUGCUCAGUGGAAAUGGGAGAGGCCAAGCGCCCGGCAGUUGAAGAAGGGCGAGUUGCGUUUCCAUCGUCAAAGGGGACAUUUCUCAGACAUUAAAAAGUGCUGAGCAGGGAGUUAGAGAGAUCAUGCGGUGAGGGGGCACUUGUCUUGCAUGCAGCCAAGUUCAGCCCCGUGGGCCCUCCAGACUUGGCCGGGAGCUGAUCCCUGGGGGCAGUCAGGAGAGAGCCCGGAGCACAGCCAGGGGUGGUCCAGAAACCAAGAGAGAGAGUUGCGCUUUAUCCAGAGGCAGAGGAGGAUGAUCAUUUCACCUACAAGCAAAAACACAAGGCUCCAUUUUAGAAUGGAAAUUGUUCCUGGUUGUGUAACAGUGACCCUGUGAUACACAUGCAGAGAGAAAUGAAAUGGGAGAAUUGUAUGACUGAUGAAUCAUCUCUGUAUGGUGCAUGAACAUUUUUUAAAAUUUUUUUCCACUUUGUACUUAAAUUUUUCUCUAAUGAACAUGCUAUACUUUUGUAAUCAGAAAAUAUGAAAUGCUUUUUUAAAAAAUAAAAUUGUUGAUGCAUGA